AUGUUGCGCGGCGCAUGGCUGGCCUGCCUACUUGCUGGUGUGCCGGUUGCUGCCAAGCCUGUGCACGGAGACCCGUUCUCUCCAACUCCCCCUGCCUGCCCAGCCAAAGAGUACCCGAAACACCACAAGGUCUGCGACGACUUGCAGUUCUGCAGGGAGUCUGGCAAGGUUUGUUUGCCAUGUGGCUGGGGCCCAAACCAAACCAACGUGGCUGCAUGCUGCUACAAGAAAGACCUUCCCCUGCCUAACGCACGGGGCCACUAUCCGUGUGAGUGGCAGUCGGUGGUGAUGGAGAAUGGUACAUUUUGUAAGCCCAAGUGCUGCACAACGGGCUCCGUCGUCUGCGGUGAUGGCUGCUGUCGAACGGGCGACCACG